UUCCAGUAGUUUUGUUUCUGGAAAAGAGGGCACCCAGCCCUUCCCCCUCCCUCAUCCUCCCAUCCCAGUAACCCCUGCCAAAUUGGAAUCCUGGACUUAAUUUAGGAGAAAGGCCCUGUAACCAAGAUACUGACUGAACAUGGCUGGCGGACUCAGGCCGGGGUCUGCAGUGCAGCAUUAAUGGGCCUCUGACAUGAAUAUGGAGUAGUUUUCUCUAGCAAAGCAGUUUUUAUUUGCCUGUUUCCCAGAGUAAUGUGGGCCAUGGAGUCAGGCCACCUCCUCUGGGCUCUGCUGUUCAUGCAGUCCUUGUGGCCUCAACUGACUGAUGGAGCCACUCGAGUCUACUACCUGGGCAUCCGGGAUGUGCAGUGGAACUAUGCUCCCAAGGGAAGAAAUGUCAUCACGAACCAGCCUCUGGACAGUGACAUAGUGGCUUCCAGCUUCUUAAAGUCUGACAAGAACCGGAUAGGGGGAAUCUACAAGAAGACCAUCUAUAAGGAAUACAAGGAUGACUCAUACACAGAUGAAGUGGCCCAGCCUGCCUGGUUGGGCUUCCUGGGGCCAGUGUUGCAGGCUGAAGUGGGGGAUGUCAUUCUUAUCCACCUGAAGAAUUUUGCCACUCGUCCCUAUACCAUCCACCCUCAUGGUGUCUUCUACGAGAAGGACUCUGAAGGUUCCCUAUACCCAGAUGGCUCCUCUGGGCCACUGAAAGCUGAUGACUCUGUUCCCCCUGGGGGCAGCCAUAUCUACAACUGGACCAUUCCAGAAAGCCAUGCACCCACAGAUGCUGACCCAGCGUGCCUCACCUGGAUCUACCAUUCUCAUGUAGAUGCUCCACGAGACAUUGCAACUGGCCUAAUUGGGCCUCUCAUCACCUGUAAAAGAGGAGCCCUGGAUGGGAACUCCCCUCCUCAACGGCGGGAUGUAGAUCAUGAUUUCUUCCUGCUCUUCAGUGUGGUAGAUGAGAACCUCAGUUGGCAUCUCGAUGAGAACAUUGCCACUUACUGCUCAGACCCUGCUUCAGUGGACAAAGAAGAUGAGACAUUUCAGGAGAGCAAUAAGAUGCAUGCAAUCAAUGGCUUUGUUUUUGGGAAUUUACCAGAGCUGAACAUGUGUGCACAGAGACGUGUGGCCUGGCACUUGUUUGGCAUGGGUAAUGAAGUUGAUGUCCACACGGCAUUUUUCCAUGGACAGAUGCUGACUACCCGUGGACACCACACUGAUGUGGCUCAGAUCUUUCCAGCCACCUUUGUGACUGCCGAGAUGGUGCCCUGGGAACCUGGUACCUGGUUAGUUAGCUGUCAAGUGAACAGUCACUUUCGAGAUGGCAUGCAGGCACUCUACAAGGUCAAGUCUUGCUCCAUGGCCCCUCCUGUGGACCUGCUCACAGGCAAAGUUCGACAGUACUUCAUUGAGGCCCAUGAGAUUCAAUGGAACUAUGGCCCGAUGGGGCAUGAUGGGAGUACUGGGAAGAAUUUGAGAGAGCCAGGCAGUAUCUCCGAUAAGUUUUUCCAGAAGAGCUCCAGUCGAAUUGGGGGCACUUACUGGAAAGUGCGAUAUGAAGCCUUUCAAGAUGAGACAUUCCAAGAGAAGAUGCAGUUGGAGGAAGAUAGGCAUCUUGGAAUCCUGGGGCCAGUGAUCCGGGCUGAGGUGGGUGACACCAUUCAGGUGGUCUUCUACAAUCGUGCCUCCCAGCCAUUCAGCAUACAGCCCCAUGGGGUCUUUUAUGAGAAAGAUUAUGAAGGCACUGUGUACAAUGAUGGCUCAUCUCACCCUGGCUUGGUUGCCAAGCCCUUUGAGAAAGUAACGUACCGCUGGACAGUGCCCCCCCAUGCCGGUCCCACUGCUCAGGAUCCUGCUUGUCUCACCUGGAUGUACUUCUCUGCUGCAGAUCCCAUAAGAGACACAAAUUCUGGCCUGGUGGGCCCGCUGCUUGUGUGCAGGGCUGGUGCCUUGGGUGCAGAUGGCAAGCAGAAAGGGGUGGAUAAAGAAUUCUUUCUUCUCUUCACUGUGUUGGAUGAGAACAAGAGCUGGUACAGCAAUGCCAAUCAAGCAGCUGCAAUGUUGGAUUUCCGACUGCUUUCAGAGGAUAUUGAGGGCUUCCAAGACUCCAAUCGGAUGCAUGCCAUUAAUGGGUUUCUAUUCUCCAACCUGCCCAGACUGGACAUGUGCAAGGGUGACACAGUGGCCUGGCACCUGCUCGGCCUGGGCACAGAGACUGAUGUGCACGGAGUCAUGUUCCAGGGCAACACUGUGCAGCUUCAGGGCAUGAGGAAGGGUGCAGCCAUGCUCUUUCCUCAUACCUUUGUCAUGGCCAUCAUGCAGCCUGACAACCUUGGGACAUUUGAGAUUUAUUGCCAGGCAGGCAGCCAUCGAGAAGCAGGGAUGAGGGCAAUCUAUAAUGUCUCCCAGUGUCCUGGCCACCAAGCCACCCCUCGCCAACGCUACCAAGCUGCAAGAAUCUACUAUAUCAUGGCAGAAGAAGUAGAGUGGGACUAUUGCCCUGACAGGAGCUGGGAAUUGGAAUGGCACAACCAGUCUGAGAAGGACAGUUAUGGUUACAUUUUCCUGAACAACAAGGAUGGGCUCCUGGGUUCCAGAUACAAGAAAGCUGUAUUCAGGGAAUACACUGAUGGUACAUUCAGGAUCCCUCGGCCAAGGACUGGACCAGAAGAACACUUGGGAAUCUUGGGUCCACUUAUCAAAGGAGAAGUUGGUGAUAUCCUGACUGUGGUAUUCAAGAAUAAUGCCAGCCGCCCCUACUCUGUUCAUGCUCAUGGAGUGCUAGAAUCUACUACCGGCUGGCCACCGGCUGCUGAGCCUGGUGAGGUGCUCACUUAUCAGUGGAACAUCCCAGAGAGAUCUGGCCCUGGGCCCAAUGACUCUGCUUGUGUUUCCUGGAUCUAUUAUUCUGCAGUGGAUCCCAUCAAGGACAUGUAUAGUGGCCUGGUGGGGCCCUUGACUAUCUGCCGAAAGGGCAUCCUGGAGCCCCACGGAGGACGGAGUGACAUGGACCGGGAAUUUGCGUUGUUGUUUUUGAUUUUUGAUGAAAAUCAGUCUUGGUAUUUGGAGGAAAAUGUGGCAACCCAUGGGUCCCAGGAUCCAGGCAGUAUUAAUCUACAGGAUGAAACUUUCUUGGAGAGUAAUAAAAUGCAUGCAAUCAAUGGGAAACUCUAUGCCAACCUUAGGGGUCUUACCAUGUACCAAGGAGAACGAGUGGCCUGGUACAUGCUGGGCAUGGGCCAAGAUGUGGAUCUGCAUACCAUCCACUUUCAUGCAGAGAGCUUCCUGUAUCGGAAUGGUGAGAACUACCGGGCAGAUGUGGUGGAUCUGUUCCCAGGGACUUUUGAAGUAGUGGAGAUGGUGGCCAGCAACCCUGGGACGUGGUUGAUGCACUGCCAUGUGACUGACCAUGUCCAUGCUGGCAUGGAGACCCUAUUCACUGUUUUUUCUCGAACAGAGCACUUAAGCACUAUCACCACCAUCACCAAAGAGACUGAAAAAGCAGUGACCCCCAGAGACACUGAAGAAGGCAAUGUGAAGAUGCUGGGCAUGCAGAUCCCCAUAAAGAAUGUUGAGAUGCUGGCCUCUGUUUUGGUUGCCAUUGGUGUCACCCUCCUGCUUGUUGCUCUGGCUCUUGGUGGUAUGGUUUUGUACCAACAUCGACAGAGAAAGCUACGACGCAAUAGGAGGUCCAUCCUGGAUGACAGCUUCAAGCUUCUGUCUUUCAAGCAGUAACAUCUGGAGCCUGGGGAUAUCCUCAGGAAGCACAUCUGUAAUGCACUCCCAGAAGGCCAUGGACUAAUCACUAACCCCAGUGUCAAAGGGGCAUGGGUGGUGGGGGGGGGGGGGGGAGGAAUUAAGCUUAUCUGGAUAUUUCUUUCUUUAUUUAUUUUACAUGGAAAUAAUAGGAUUUCACUUUUUCUUUAGUUUCUUUGCUCUACUUGGGCACCUGGGGCUAAGGGAAUACCUUAGUAUCCUACAUCACAAAUUUCAACAGCUACAUUAUAUUGCCUUCUGACACUUGGAAGGUCUUGAAAUUUCUAGAAAUGUAUCCUUCUCACAAAGUGGAUACCAAGAGAAAAACUCAUUGAUUAGAUUUCUACUUCUUUCAAGGACUCAGGAAAGUUCACUUUGAACUGAGGCCAAGUGAGCUGUUAAGAUAACCCACAUUUAAACUAAAGGCUAAGAAUUUAGGCUUAAUGGGAAAUUGAAGGUAGUCUGAGAACUGGGAAUCCAAAUUGAAUUUUGAUUCUUCUUGGCAGUGAACUACUUUGGAGAAGUGGUGAAUGGGUUGUUGCUGCUGUGAGCACGUACAACCUCUGGAGCCAGAAGCUCCUCAAGAAAGACAGUCCUCCAGGUUCCUGAACAGUGGCACUGAAAGGAAUGUUGAGUUACCUCUUCAAGUUUUAGACAGCAAACCUUAUCCAUUAAAGUACUUGUUAGAAC